UUUAGAAGCAUGCAGAUUGAAGAAGGCAAGGAGCCUCUAGAGAAUGAAGACUCUAACCAUGAGAAUGGAGAAGAGCAGUAUACAGAGGCACAAGAGGAGCAUAAUGGAGAGGAAAGAAGCCAGGAAGAGGCAGUUGUAGUGGAUGCCAAUUCCACAGAUGGUGCAGUACUCGUUAAUGGUAAUGAGGCUGAAGAGGAGUGGGGUACGAAUAAUGAAGGAGGCCCGUCAGCCUAAAAGCAAUUGGUUGGGGUGGUGUGAAAAUUGAAAUUUUGUCUUUGGUGAUUAAUUGUUUCUAAAGCGCCAUUUCUAUCUCCCUCACCUAAUUGUUUUUACUAUAACUACUACUACCACUUGUG